UAAACAAAGUAAAAAAUGUGGUCACAUUUGGAACGUGGCAGUUCACCAGUUGAUUGGUGCGAGUCAAACUAUUCCAUAUCGCCAGAUAUAGCCGAAUUUGUGAAUACAAUCAGCAAUGUACUGUUUUUCUUAUUUCCACCAGUACUCAUACAUUUAUUUCAAGAAUAUGCCAAAUUCUUCAAUCCAGCCAUAAAUGUUCUGUGGGUUCUUCUAAUGGUUGUAGGUCUUAGUUCAGCUUAUUUUCAUGCAACAUUGAGUUUAGUGGGUCAAUUACUUGAUGAGCUUGCUAUUUUAUGGGUUUUCAUGGCUGCAUUUGCAAUGUUUUUACCGAAACGAUAUUUUCCAAAAUUCUUAGGAGGAAACAGGAGACGUUUAGCGUUCUAUUCUAGUGUGAUCUCUGUAGUGUCGACAGGAUUUCUCGUUAUGCACCCAAAAGCGAAUGCAUUUGCUCUGAUGACUCUUGCUCUUCCAGCUAUCGGAUUUUUGUGUAAAGAAUUGAACAGAGUAAAAUGUGCACGUGUAUAUCGUUUGGGUUUGCGAUGUGUAGCGGUAUGUUUCCUAGCAAUAUUUUCAUGGAUCACAGACCGUAUGUUCUGCGACACGUGGCUUUACAUCGAUUUUCCGUACAUGCACGGUGUUUGGCACGUCCUUAUAUUCAUAGCUAGUUACACGGCACUCGUUCUGUUCGCGUAUUUCAACGUGUCAGAAGAAAGACCAGAGCAGAAACCUCAGUUGAAGUAUUGGCCGCGAAAUGACUUCGAACUUGGCAUUCCAUAUAUAACUAUAAAACAUCCGUGCAAAAAAGACAUACAUUUAGCCAUUUAAUAAAAUUAAUUGGUUAAUUUUUGAUAGAAAAAAAAAAAAUUAUAGUGACAGCUCGAAAUAAAAAAAAAUAUUCUAUCGUUUUAGUUAAAAUAAUAUAUGACAAAUUGUAGGUAAAUGACAUGUACAAAAGACGUUUGUUUUGUUUUUUCAAGUAGAAUUAGGUAGGUUUGUGUGAUUUAGAAUGUGUGCCAAUCUGUGAUUAUUAAUUAGACUACUAAUCGUAAUGACGUGCAAUGAUUAACAAUUUAUAAUUUUACUUACA